UUUGGACGCGGCUCUUGGGGGAGCGGAGCAGGAAUCUGAACUCGAGAAGAGUCUGCUAUGUGUCCAAGGCGCUGACAUGAACAUCCGAAAAGAGCUCAGAAUUCAUCAAGGAAAUGAAAAACUCAAAAGUUUCUGGAUACGCAUCACCCCUAUCCAGCGACUAAAACCUGAACAUUUUACAGACUGGAGGUGAAUUUUGUACAGCGCGAGAGCAGUAGGCUUGUUGGAGAUUGAACUUUUUUUUUUUUUUUUGCCUGGACACAGGAAUGAGUGCGGUCAAUGGUGGAGCUGGACACAGAGGAGGAUUCACGGCGGGUAUGUGAAUUUCAGAGCCGUUUGAACAGGUUCCCUAUGAUCUGUGCUAUUUGCAUGUUGCUUUUGUCAGUAACUACGUAAGACAAAAAAAAAGUGGGCUGAGAAGAAGUGGAAGGAAUGAAAGAAAGUGUUCACCGGAAUUUCAAGCAAACCCAAAAGGUGUAGAGUUCAGACUUGUGUGCAUUUGUGCAAGCGUUAGUUUCAGUGCAGCGGUACUUUUCCUGGCAGCAGUGUAAAGGCGGGCAGAAAUGCGUGCAGGAGGCUCGCUGCGGUUGCUGUUACAGAAGGAGAAGCAGGCCAGGCGGCGCGUCUCCACUCCGUGUGUGUUGCUUUUUCUUACAUGCUUUGGCACUGCUGUGACUCUGGAAUGUCCUCACAAAUGCGUGUGCACAGGAACAACAGUAGAGUGCAAUCGCCAGAACUUAACAUCCAUCCCACAGCCAGUUCUACCAAACACAACGACCCUUAUCCUCACCGGUAAUGAUAUAUCCCGUCUAACGAAGGAGUCCUUUCCUGUACGCCUGGACAAUUUGGCAGAACUUUAUCUGCAAGAAAACCGAAUAGAGCAAGUGGACCCUGGGGUGUUUGACAACUUGCCAACGCUCCGUUUGCUUGACCUGAGCAACAACAGAAUCUUGAAUUUUAGCCGCGAUGCUUUUCCAGAGAACAACAUGCUCCAGGUCUUAAACCUGAGCAGAUCACUUUAUAACUUCACAUAUGCUGAUGUGUUCUUUAACCUUUUAAAGCACGGGGUUCCUAAACUUUCCGAUCUCAUCCUGGCAAACAAUGACCUUAUUGUCCUUCCAGAGGACAUGUUCACCAGCUUAUCUCAUCUCACCACAUUGGACCUGAAAAACAAUUCGUUAGUUUCAAUUAAGAAUGUGACUUUUCAAAACCAAACACUUACUCGUUUGGACCUGCGGAACAACGCCCUAAAAGAGGUGUCUAAUGGGACGUUAAAGGAGUUCAACCAAAUACCUGGGCUUCAGCUGUACCUGCUGGGAAACCCGUGGGUUUGUGACUGCAACCUUAAGGACAUGGUGAUGUGGUUACAGAGCUCAGAUAUUGUUGUGGACAAGCAGAACCUGACCUGCACUCAUCCUGAAAAUAUGAGAAACAACCAGCUCUUGCACUUGAAUCAUUCAGAGCUACAAUGCAUCGACUCUGGAAACAUGGAGGUUACCCUCGAGACCUCGUAUGUCUUUCUGGGUAUGGUGUUGGCCCUCAUUGGGGUCAUAUUCCUGUUAGUCCUUUACCUGAACAGAAAAGGCAUCAAGAGAUGGAUGUAUAAUAUCCGUGAUGCAUGCAGGGACCAUAUGGAGGGCUACCAUUACAGGUAUGAGAUCAACUCAGAUCCACGCCUGGCCAACCUCAGUCUUAAUUCGGAUGUGUAAGGAGGUGUGGUGCUUGGCCGGACAUAGGGAAAAGUUUUUCCCACAAUUACGCACAUUGACUCAGCUCCACAUUUGCAUAGUUUUCACAAGCUUAUACCGUAAUUUGCAGUUUGCCAUGCCAGCUAGAUUAAUUGGCGUCUGCUGCGGUACACUCCGCAUGCUAUGUUAUGGUGUGUCUUGUUUAGAUGUCGUUCAAUGCUUGCAUGAAUCAAGAACUCAUAAAGGUACAUAAGUGCUUCUUUCUUUCUUCUAAAAGAAAUGUACAUGUGAUAUUUUAGGACAAUGUGAAGUAUGAUGCAAGGAUCUCUUUAAUGGAUGCAAGUUGUGCAUAUUAUCUUGCUUGCAAAAUGACUGAAACAAAGAAUUAUACAUGUCUUAAAUCUCAUUAAUGCUUGACUUUUUCCCUGGAAUAAUAAGUUACCACAUUUGCAUGUGUUUAUGUACUUUUUCAGUGAUUAUCAAAUCAUAAUACUCACAUUUAAUUAUUACAGCUAUCCAUUUUUAUAUUCACAAUUGUUCCAUGGACAUGGCUCAAGUUUUCUUAUGAAUAUGUUCUGCUGAAUAAAAAGGUCUUGCAUUGA